UUACUCCUCUCUCUCUCUCUCUCUCUCUCUCUCUCUCCGCCUCCGCAGCGCCCAAAGCCCUAACCUAGCUCUCGCUCCGAGCUCCUAGUCGUCGUCGUUGUCCACCGCCACCGUCUCCGGCGAUCACCGGCGCAUCGGAUCGAGCCAUGGACGACACCUGCGCGGUGUGCGCGGAGGCGCUGGAGUGGACCGCGUACGGGCCCUGCGGCCACCGCGAGGUGUGCUCCACCUGCGUCGUGCGCCUCCGCUUCGUCCUCGGCGACCGCCGCUGCUGCAUCUGCAAGACCGAGUGCCCCUGCGUCUUCGUCACCAGGGCCAUGGGGGAUUAUACAAGGGUCAUCACAGACUUUUCGGUGUUCCCGGCCAAUGCAACCGAAGGGCAGGUUGGCUCUUACUGGUUUCAUGAGGACUCGCAGGCGUACUUUGACGACAUUGACCAUUACAAGAUGAUAAGGGCAAUGUGCCGGCUUUCUUGUAGCGUUUGUGAUAAGAGCGCAGAGGAGCAAGGGGGCGAGGGCAUUGCAAAGCGGAGGAACAAGUUCCGCAGCAUAGAGCAGCUCAAGGGCCAUCUCUUUCAUCAGCAUCGGUUGUCUAUGUGCAGCCUCUGCCUGGAAGGGAGGAAGGUAUUUAUUUGCGAGCAAAAACUUUACACUAGAUCACAGCUGAAUCGCCAUAUAAACUCUGGUGAUUCAGAGGUUGAUGGCACUGAAAGUGAGCGUGGUGGUUUUAUGGGGCAUCCCAUGUGCGAGUUCUGCAAGAACCCAUUCUAUGGAGACAAUGAACUUUACAUGCACAUGUCAACAGAACAUUACACUUGCCAUAUAUGUCAAAGGCAACAUCCUGGGCAGUAUGAUUAUUAUAGGAACUACGAUGACCUGGAGAUGCAUUUCCGCCAAGGGCAUUUCCUCUGCGAGGACGAGGCGUGCUUGGCAAAGAAGUUCGUUGUAUUCCAAACUGAAGCAGAAAUGAAGAGGCAUAAUGCAAUCGAGCAUGGAGGUCACAUGUCUCGCUCCAAGAGAAAUGCUGCUCUUCAGAUUCCAACCAGCUUUAGAUAUCGAAGGAGUGAACAAGAACAGAGACGAGGAAGGGGGCGGAAUUUCCGCCCCGAACCAUCUACCAACCAACUGUCAGCUGCCAUUCAAGCAAGCCUCGAGACAGCGAUGGCAGAGGGGAGAGUCCGCGAUUCUUCUUCUACUGACCGUCGAGAAACAACUCAAACUGACUCAGUCACAAAUUCAUUCGAAUCAUUUAAUAUCAGUGCAAAUUCCAGAACUGGUCCUGUUUUAGAAGAAUCCUCCUUCCCUCCCCUUUCAGAUAGGGACCCCGUCGAGCCGUCUUCUUCUAGAUAUGCUCAGGCUCUUAAUCAGAGAUACAAAGGUGCUGCCACUCUUGGAGAGGAAUCAUUCCCUCCUUUACCUGGUGCAAGUGAUAGAAAGAAUAAACCCAAUACGGAUCAUGGGUUAGAAAACCUAGCCAAGGGUACCCUUGCAGCUCAUCUCCAACAACAUCGCAAGGCCUCUUUGACAAUUAAUUCAUCUCGGUCAAAGCCCUCAGCAUACCAUGAAAACAACCCUUCGAUAUCUUCAAGCUCUCAGAUAAGACCCGUUCCAUUUCCUGAACUUGUGUCCUCUUCUAGUUCAAGUUCUCAACCUAGGGUAGCAACAAACCCAGCAAGAGGAAAUGGAUUUGUGUCGCCUCCUUUUUCAGCCAGCUCAGCCUGGAGUAGUACUACUAAUAAUAGCUCAAAUCGGAUGAAGCACUCUUCAUCUGCUCCUAACCUUGCUGAAGGGGGAUUGAAAAACCAAUCUACAUCCAGUGCGGUCCCGAGUUCCACUUCUAGCCAAGUUUCCCUUACUGGGGUGGAGGAUGUUCAGACUGCCAACAAAACACUAGUAGAAAGAAUCCGUGCUGCAUUAGGAAUGGACGAGGAUCGGUACGCUGCAUUUAAGAGCAUAUCUGCAGAAUACCGUCAAGGGCUAAUCAAUACUUGGGAGUAUCUUUCUUAUGUCGAGCAGUUCGGCCUAGCACAUUUGAUUCUGGAGCUUGCGCGGCUAUUACCUGACCCUCAGAAGCAGAAGGAACUCACUGAAGCCUACCAUGCUAGUUUGCGCUUCAAGGGUUUGCAACAAAAUGGCAAUGAUACCUUGAGGAAAGGAAAAGGUAAAGCUGUUGUUGGAAAGGGAAAAGGUGGCGACGACGGAGUGGCUAGAAGUAAAAAAGAUUCUAUGGCUGAUAACUUCUUGAGCAGUGUAAGGAAGCUGCAGUCUGGUCAGAGAGAGCAGGACGUUGGAGAGGAAGAGGUUUUGUCGAAGGAUGGGUAUCGAGCUGAUAAAAGUAAAGGGCCUCUUGGUACGAAUUCGGGUGACUAUAGUGGUGGUGGUAGAGAACCGGGACCAGGGAGUACAAGCUCUAACCAGAAACUGGAUGAGGGAGGGAGCAGCAAACAGCGUAAGAAGUCCUCGAAGUUCCUUAGAGUUCGUCUCGGCGAUGGUUCGGCGGCUGCUCUUAUUGAUCUUGCUAAUGAAAAGUAUAAUGCUGAACCCCCACAAACGGAAGACCCUAACAACCCUUCUGACGGGUCGCGUGUACGAGGCGUUUGGCGAAACGGCGGGGGGCAGAGACUUCUUGCAAAUUCUCACAAGGACACAUCCAAGUAAUGUUUGACUCUGAUCACAAAAUCAGAGCCAUAGCCGAGCUGGGGCAGUAUAUUUCAGCUGGUAGGCUUUUUUUCUCCGGUGCUUUCUACCACUCAGAAUGGCGGAUUGUGAAUAUCGUGUGAAUUAAUAUUUUGCAAAGUGAUACCGGUGCAUCAGUUUCACGCACCAGAAUCGGGCUCGACCUGGAUGAGAGUCCAUGAGGUAAUGUUGGUAAACUGUUUAUAGUUUCUCGAGUUUCUGUUAAAUGAGAUGUCCUUUUCCUCUAGGGGGACGAUAUGUACUGUGGCUUUUAUAUUAGUUGCUACUGAAUCUGAAUUUUUUGACAACUCUAAUACCAAAAUAGUACGAGUGUUCCUUCGCAAUCAAUAUAUUGCCAUAAAUAGACAUUUUUACAU